AUGGAUUCUUCCGUCAAAACCCCAGGCUACGACCGCUAUGCUGCAGACUUCAUCUCAGUUGCGAACGGCCCCUCAUCUCUAAACUACUCACAGCCUCCGCCUCAAUACACUCCUCGUGAUCCGUAUUUCAUGGCAGGGCAGACACUCCAGACCGCCAAGCAAAGCGAAUACUAUUAUUCCCGACCGAUGGCCACACUGGAGUCGGCGAAUUCAACUCGGCAGGAUGAGUACCAUCACUACCGAACCAAUCCCUAUUUCUAUCACAACCGUGAUACGCCUCCGGCAGCGGACCGAAAUGCGCCAGUAGCGUCGCAGAACGAGUACCACUGCUACAAGAACCAGCCCGAGUUUUAUCACCAUCGACGUGAUGGUUUGAAUAUUGCUUCGACAACACCUCAAGGCUUCCCGAUGGGGAUGCAAGCGGCUAUGCCUACGGCCACUGAGAAUAAACUAGGCCAAGUGGCUCAGCAACGAGGCUUCUACUAUACUCGGCCACAGGCGAGGCCUCCGCCAGCGACCGGGCAAUUUAUUUCACCUCUGGUUUCGCAGCAAGCAUUCACGACUUCGAUGCGGGAUGCUUAUUAUCAUCGACGGGACCAGGGGAAUUUACGAAAGUAA